AUGCCGCAAGGCUACGCUGAUACCCGUGUCGAGGCAGGCCCCAGUGCACCUUGCCGGCGUAAACAGGUUGAGCAGUCAGAUGAGACCGUGGACUUCAGCCAAGACAUCCCUAGCAGUCCGCCUGUACCUGUCUACACCAACGUGCUCAAUCCUUCGUGCGGAAAGAAUACUGCGGUGGAUGGCGAUAUUAACAUGGGCAAUGGCGAGGAUAAUACCGAUGAGACGAUAUAUCACGAUGCGCAUAGCCAAUCGAUGGAGGAUCCUGGUGGUACAUGA